ACUGAGAGAUAGUGAGAGGACUGCACUGGGGAAUAUCUGCCCAGGGAAUACAAUACGUUUUCAGCCCAUUAAGUUGGAUAAACAAAUGGCUUACUGUACGAGUUGCUGAGAGUCAUGGACAUCAGCAGGAAAACAGCAGGAAAAUCAAUAACUCCAGAGGGGCGGUGGAGGAGUGUUAAUGGGAUGCCAUGAUAUUUGCUUGAAGACGCCAACAGCUUUACCUCAGAGCAACCCUUGUCUGGGACUAAAUUGAUGUGGAGGUCCAGUGGUGUGUCAGAGACUGGGCAAGAUGGGUAACGCCAUGCGAGGCGUCAUCGCCCUCAUUCCCUCAGAGCGCUGCCAACGCUUCCUAGUGGGGGACCUGAAGGAAAUGCCCCUCGAUCGGACCCUGGACCUGAGCAGCCGGCAGUUGCGUCGGAUGCCUGCUGCUGCCUGCGUGUUCAAUGAGCUGGUGAAGCUCUACCUGAGUGACAACAACCUCAGCAGCUUACCGGCUGAGCUGCAGGGCCUGAAGAAGCUGCAGCUCCUGGCGCUUGACUUUAACUGCUUUGAAGAGCUCCCUGCAGCUGUGUGCAGAUUGCCCCAGCUCAGCAUCCUUUACCUGGGUAACAACAGGCUCUACCGCCUCCCCAAGGAACUGAGAGAGCUCAAGGAACUCAGUACGCUGUGGCUGGAGACUAAUUGCUUCACUGUCUUCCCUAAGGUGGUUUGUGAGCUCUCUAAUCUCAAGACCCUGCAUCUUGGUUAUAACCAGAUACAGAGUUUACCAAAAGAGCUUGGAGGGCUGGAGGAGUUAAGAAGUAUCUGGCUUGCUGGGAACCAGCUGACAGCGUUCCCUCCAGUGUUGCUGGAAAUGCACUUACUAGCUGUUAUUGAUGUGGAUCGGAACAGAAUACGCUACUUCCCAGGCCUGUCUCACAUGCAGGGGUUGAAACUUGUCAUCUAUGACCACAACCCCUGUGUUAAUGCCCCGGCAGUGGCCGAAGGAGUCAGAAGAGUUGGGCGCUGGGCGGACAGCUCAGAUGAUGAGCAGGAAGAUGGUGGGUCGAAAGCAGCAAGUGAGACUACAGCAGAGGUCACAGAAGUGCAACAGGAGGAGGAGCACAACAUUUAGGGUCAAGGAACAAAAUGACCUUCAGCUGUGGCGAGGCCUGGCGGGACAGUAUGACGUUCAAGUGGAACACUUAACGCCAAGUGGUGUGUUGUACAGCAAGCCAAUGGCAUUUGCUCCAUAUAUGGCAAAGCCAAUUGUAUGAGCUUAAAAAUAAGACACAGAGUUGUACAAAAAUGUAGC